GAAGAAGAAAUCCGCUCUUGAAAACAUUAGAAGCUACAGGAGUCACAUGGCGAUAAGGACGUGCUGCGUGAGACUGUCUUUAGUCGGUAAAUAGCUGUAUUUAGUAUUGUAAUAUUCGUACAUUUAAAAGUGCACUACGGUUAGUUUUGAAUGAGUCUCUUCAGUGGAGUUUCCAAAGGAUCAUUCAGAUAUUAUGGAGAAGAAACCUACACCUUAUGAGCGUGUUGUGUGCAAAAACACCUCUCUGUAUCAUUAUAUGAAGAUCAACUUAGUUUUUGACAGUAGAAACAAAAGUCUGAGUGCAGAACAGUUCAAGCAGUUGAUCAUCACUGGACUGAAAGACCUGUAUGGGGAGGUUGGAGCUGCGUUCCCUUUUGACGUGCUGACGUUCAACCAGACUGAGCUGUCUGCCAUUCUUCGUGUGUACCACAGCAGUUUGGUGAAACUGUGGAGUGCAAUUACCUUGAUUGGAUCGUAUGAAAGUGUAUCGUGUGCAUUUAGAGUUACUCAGGUUUCUCCAUUUUUAUUAGCUCUAUCUGGAAACAGUCGUGAGAUGGAAGUCUUCUAGCUGAGUUCUAAAAUGAUUCUGUGAAGAUCAUCUGCUCCAGUAUUAACCAGCCGAAAUGAGUUUUGCAAUUAAAGGCAAC